AUGGUAUCAGUCAGUCAUGCAGGCUUCAGAUUUGUUGACCGUAGCCAGUCUUCUGUAGGCUCCUUAACCUAUACUCAACGACAGCUCAACACGAGCAGCAAGAACUCAGCCCUGGAAACGAAAAUGGACUUGGUACCCUUGAGUUCCGUCCCAGAGUACUCUGGUAUCCAUGCCAGUUCAACCAGCAGGAUCCGCGACACCACGUGCCUUACCGAGGCGAAGUUGUUUCACUCAAAUGACAGAAACAGGUCACCAAGUAACUAG